AGCCGGUCGGGAGGGAGGAAGCUGGCAAGAUGGUGUUGGAGAGCACUAUGGUCUGCAUCGUCUUCUCUAGACCAGCCUCAGGUCUGUCUUUAGCCAGAGUCCUGCUUCUCGGACUCGUCGUGAAGGUGGCCUCCUCGAAAUGUUGGAUGUUAGGAAGAGAGAUGAUAAAUCCCUUCCCCGCCCCAUUCACUCGUCUCUAACUUCAUUGCUUUCCCCUGUAUCAUCUUCAAAGUGUGGACAACAGUGAGUACAUGCGGAACGGGGACUUCUUACCCACCCGGCUGCAGGCCCAACAGGACGCCGUCAACAUAGUCUGCCACUCCAAGACCCGCAGCAACCCUGAGAACAACGUGGGCCUCAUCACACUGGCCAAUGACUGUGAAGUGCUGACCACGCUCACCCCUGACACCGGCCGCAUCCUGUCUAAGCUCCACACUGUCCAACCCAAGGGCAAGAUCACCUUCUGCACUGGCAUCCGCGUGGCCCAUCUGGCUCUGAAGCACCGACAGGGCAAGAAUCACAAGAUGCGAAUCAUUGCCUUUGUGGGAAGCCCUGUGGAGGACAAUGAGAAGGAUCUGGUGAAACUGGCUAAGCGCCUCAAGAAGGAGAAAGUAAAUGUUGACAUAAUCAAUUUUGGGGAAGAGGAGGUGAACACAGAAAAGCUGACCGCCUUUGUAAAUACACUGAAUGGCAAAGAUGGAACCGGUUCUCACCUGGUGACAGUGCCUCCUGGCCCUAGUCUGGCUGAUGCCCUUAUCAGUUCUCCAAUUCUGGCUGGAGAAGGCGGCGCCAUGCUGGGUCUUGGUGCUAGUGACUUUGAAUUUGGAGUGGAUCCCAGUGCUGAUCCUGAGCUGGCCCUGGCCCUCCGUGUGUCCAUGGAAGAGCAGAGGCAGCGGCAGGAGGAGGAGGCGCGGCGGGCAGCUGCUGCCUCUGCCGCUGAGGCCGGCAUUGCCACGACCGGGACUGAAGGUGAAAGAGACUCGGAUGAUGCACUGCUGAAGAUGACCAUCAGCCAGCAGGAGUUUGGCCGCGCCGGGCUCCCAGAUCUCAGCAGUAUGACUGAGGAGGAGCAGAUCGCCUACGCCAUGCAGAUGUCCCUGCAGGGUGCAGAGUUUGGCCAGACGGAGUCAGCUGACAUGGAUGCCAGUUCAGCCAUGGACACAUCCGAGCCUGCCAAGGAGGAGGAUGAUUAUGACGUGAUGCAGGACCCAGAGUUCCUUCAGAGUGUCCUGGAGAACCUUCCAGGCGUGGAUCCCAACAAUGAGGCCAUUCGGAAUGCCAUGGGCUCCCUGGCCUCCCAGGCCACCAAAGAUGGCAAGAAGGACAAGAAGGAGGAGGACAAGAAGUGAGACUGGAAGGAGGGGGGGCUGAGCCUGUUCCGGGGCCGCAUAGGGCGGGGUGGGUUGUAGGGUUAGAUGUGUUAUCUGUAACCAUUACAACCUAAAUAAAGCUUGGCAACUUUU